GUGUCCUACAGUUCUUCAACCCUUCUAAAACCCCAGUUACUCGCGCAGGCACUCCUUUUCUCCCUCUCUCUCAUUUCUCUUCACUUUCUCCAUUUCCGGCGCACGCUCUCUUCUCCGACCAACACUAACCGUUAGCUUGCUCAAGAAACGUUCAUGUGUAUAUGCUCCUAAAGAUAAUACACUUUGGCAAUGGCUUUCAAAGCAAUUUUAAGACGGAAGAGGUUUAUUUCUCAUUAUGAGAACUCCUACAUACGAACAAUUCAAAGUUUACAGACUGGGCAUGUUGGUCAGAAUGCAUGCUCACAUGGUUCCAUUUCCAAUAAUGAUGAUCCCUCUGCUAAUCCUAAUAGUAGCAUAGGAAGUAGAACCGGACAUACUGCUGCGAAAGGUGAAUUUCUUAAUUUUGCAGGAGUUCAGAAGUUUAGGCAAAUAUGCUACAGCACUCCUAUAUCCAAUCAUGGGGGUUUCAGUAUUUCUACUCCUGGUGGAAUUGGGUUGAUGUCACGAACCAUUCGAAAUGCUUCUACUUCUGCAGCUAAACAACCUGAUUUUGCCAGUGAUGAAGAGGAGAACAAUGAAUUGGUUGCUAAAAAGAGGAAGGAAGCAUCUCCAGAGGAAUGUGAUCAAGCUGUGGAAGGUCUGAGUUCUGUAAAAGCCAAAGCAAAGGCUAGACGGUUACAGGAGUCUCAAAGUGUUGUUACAGCCACUUUGCAAAGAUUAUGGGCAAUCACCUUAGGGAUCGGUCCUGCUUUAAGGGCCGUUGCUUCUAUGAGCAGAGACGAUUGGGCGAAGAAGCUUGUUCACUGGAAAGAAGAAUUUGUAUCAACCUUGCAACAUUACUGGUUGGGUUUCAAGCUUCUGUGGGCUGAUGUGAGGAUUAGUUCAAGAUUGCUUCUAAAACUUGCUGGUGGGAAGAAUCUCUCAAGGCGAGAGAGACAACAGCUAACACGAACCACAGCUGAUAUCUUUAGAUUGGUUCCUUUUGCUGUUUUUAUCAUAGUUCCAUUCAUGGAAUUUCUGCUGCCAGUCUUUCUCAAAUUAUUUCCCAACAUGUUACCAUCAACUUUUCAAGACAAGAUGAAAGAACAGGAAGCAUUGAAGAGGAAGCUUAAUGCAAGAAUAGAGUAUGCUAAGUUCCUUCAAGAUACCGCCAAAGAAAUGGCUAAAGAAGUUCAAAACUCAAGAAGUGGAGAAAUUAAGAAGACAGCUGAAGACCUUGACGAGUUUUUGACUAGGUUGAGAACUGGUGCUCGCGUAUCUAAUGAGGAAAUUUUAGGAUUUGCCAAGCUGUUCAAUGAUGAACUUACAUUAGAUAACAUCAGCAGGCCGCGAUUAGUAAAUAUGUGCAAGUACAUGGGCAUUAGCCCUUUCGGAACUGAUGCUUAUUUACGAUAUAUGCUCCGUAAAAGAUUGCAAUGGAUAAAGGAAGAUGAUAAAUUAAUACAGGCAGAGGGUGUGGAGUCUCUUUCUGAAUCUGAGCUUCGUGAAGAUUGUCGGGAGAGAGGCAUGCUUGGAUUGCUAUCGAUAGAAGAAAUGCGCCAACAGCUUCGUGAUUGGUUGGAUCUGUCACUUAAUCAUUCAGUUCCAUCUUCACUUUUGAUCCUUUCAAGAGCUUUCACAGUAUCUGGAAAGUUGAAACCGGAGGAAGCUGUCCUGGCUACACUGUCUUCUCUGCCAGAUGAGGUUGUAGACACCGUUGGUGUUACUGCUCUGGCAUCUGAAGACUCUAUAUCAGAAAGGAGGAGAAAGUUAGAAUUCCUUGAGAUGCAGGAGGAAAUGAUCAAGGAGGAGGAAGAGAAAGAGGAAGAGGAACAAGCUAAAAUGAAGGAAUCCAAAUCCAGCCAAGAAGAUAUAGCUAUGAAGGAAAUGGUCAAUCCAAUGGCAAGAGAAGCUAUAGAACAAGCUAGAGCAAAAGCAUCAGAAAAACAAGAGCACCUUUGUGAAGUCAGUCGUGCAUUGGCUGUUUUAGCUUCUGCCUCUUCUGUCAGUAGAGAGCGUGAGGAAUUCCUGCAGCUUGUGAAUAAGGAGAUAGAACUCUAUAACAGCAUGGUAGGAAAAGAGGGCACAGAUGGUGAAAAGGAGGUCAUGAAGGCAUACAGAGCUGCUCGAGAAGAAAGUGAUAACUCUACUGUAGUGUCAGAAGAAGAUGAAGUUUCAUCAGCACUUGUUGAAAGAGUUGAUGCUAUGCUCCAAAAUCUAGAAAAGGAAAUUGAUGACGUGGAUGCCAAAAUUGGUGAUCGUUGGCAAUUACUAGACAGGGAUUUUGACGGUAAAGUGACUCCUGAAGAGGUUGCAGCUGCUGCUAUGUACUUAAAAGAUACAUUAGGAAAGGAAGGCAUACAAGAGCUUAUUAGCAGUCUUUCCAAAGAUAAAGAUGGUAAAAUUCUCGUAGAAGACAUUGUGAGAUUGGGAAGUCAAGCAGAAGACACCAACUCGUGAAUAUCGAAUAUCGAAAAAUAUAGAAGGUAAGAGAUUAAUAUUUUUGACAGAUGCUUUCUAAACGCUGGAUAGGUAGUCUAAACCGAAAUUCGAGUCGGAUCUCUUGAUAGGAAACAACCGUUAAAUCUUGAAGCUGAACAUAGGAUAGGAAAUACUUAUAGCAAUUUGUUGCUGUGCUUAUGUAAACAAUCUACUCUCUAGCUUCCUUAGUGUAUGCUUUGCUAUCUUUAUAAAGGUUAGCAAAGGUUCAAUGGGUAUAAAUAUACGUAAACGAAACGAUGGACUCUUAGCCGUGUAUAUUCUUUUUUAUUUGUAUGGGUUAUGGCCUUCUUUCUUGUA